CACCCCCCAACAGUCAUCAGAAGAUACAUGAACGGAGAAGAUUUGAAGUCACGUUCACUACUGAGAGAGAAAGAGGGGGGGAUACGGUAGACGGGUAGAAUGGAGAGACGACAACUGUAAGAAGAAAGUAGGCUACUUGGCCUGUCAAAUUGGAUAAGAGACAGGUGUAACUGUUUUCAGGAUGACUGGUUACUUACAAUUUGCAAUAGUCUAACCAUUGUGAGAUGGUCAUGUAAAAGAAAAUACAAACCUCACAUUAUUGUCACCACUGUAACCUGUGUAAAGUUGACGUCUAACUCGAACUGAUCAUAUGUCUGGGACACAAGCUGCUGUGCUGCCAUCCUUCAGCUCCUUCUCAAACUGUGUUCACUCUAAUGACAUUAUGAAGGUGUGGAAAUUUGAGGAUGGCGCUCUCAGUCUGGACUCUCAAACCAAGAGGACGUCACCUGGCAACACCAGUGACCAGCAGCCAGUUCUUCCUCACCUGGACGAUGAAAGUGAAACCUCAUGGGACAUGGAGUUCUUGUUGUCUGACUGGAGCAACCCAUCACCUGAGCUGAACCCCUCUCUGGACUACAACACUCAGCAUCUUCCUCAAACGGACCAAACUGGACUCUACCAUGAUGGAGGAGGGGUGUUGACGGACCAAAUAAGUCCAGACAGGCUUCAUACGGGCAGCAGUAGCCUGAUGGUUGAGCUACUCACCCCCUUGGAGACCAUUGGUUCAGGCAUACCAGAACUUUACAACCAACAGGUUCGGUCAUCAUCAUCAUUAUCAUCAUCAUCAUCAUUCCCCAUUCAACCAAACGUGGACCAGUAUGGUUUCAACCCCGGAAGCAACCAGGAGAGACAUGGCAGAGAUAGAGCCACUGCUGUCCUCACUAAGGCCAAAUCAUGGGACUUUGGAAUGGGACACUACUACCCCCAACAACACACUUCCAUGGUGACGUUUCAAGAUGGCAGAUUCCUCCAAGCCCCUGUCUCCAUGACAACCUCUAUGACCUCUGAAUCUCGAACCCACCACUACAGCUUCCUCCAAAACUACCCCCACCACCUGGGUCUAUACCGCAACCAGAGAGACUACAACCUCCACGGCCACCACCACCAACAAGCCUCCUCCAACCACUUCCCCUACUCCCAGCACCAGCAGCCCCACCUAGCUAUCACCUCCACAGGGGUUCCCCCUGGAGGCUUGGAGGGGAAGAACGGCCGCAGGACUGUGGUGAAGAAGAGAGCUGCUACACACAGCUGUGAAUACUCAGGUUGUAGUAAGACCUAUACCAAGAGCUCCCACCUCAAGGCUCACCUCCGCACACACACAGGGGAGAAACCAUACCACUGUACGUGGGAGGGCUGUGGGUGGAAGUUUGCCCGUUCGGACGAGUUGACCCGUCACUACCGUAAACACACGGGUCAGAAACCCUACGCGUGUCUGCAGUGUCAGAGAGCGUUCUCCCGCUCAGACCACCUGGCCCUGCACAUGAAGAGACACACAUGAUGAGAGGAGUGGAGGAUGGGUAUGACUGGGGCUGUGUGAGAUCAUACACACUAAUAUGUGUGUACCUGUAUACACACACUCUCCACUGUCAUUCUGGUUUUCUUUCUCUCUCUCUCUCUCUCUCUCUCUCUCUCUCUCUCUCUCUCUCUCUCUCUCU